UGGAGCGCGAUGCUUUCUGGGAAUUGUAGUUUAGUUGGAAGCGCAAUUGGGGGCGCUAAGUACAACGGACCCUCAGCCUAGACACUACAUCUCCCGACGUCCACCGAAAGGAGCAGGGGGUGGGGCGAACUCCCUGGAGCUGACUUGGGAGUUCCGUGCUCCCUAAUGACAGCAGCGGCAGGAAGCGGACUAGCGCUUCCCUGGCGCUAAGGCCUCUUGUUCCCUGAGGGGAGAUCACUGGACACUUUUCCACGUAUCUCCCAUCUAUGAGCACCGAGUCUGUGAUCCUGGCGAAGUCCCCGGAGACCUCUACCCUGGAGGAGAUUCUGGGGCAGUAUCAACGGAGUCUCCGGGAACGUGCAACUAAAAGCAUUCAGCAAAUGAAAUGUACCAUAAGAGAAGGUGACAUCACUGUUGAUGAAGAGGCACUGGAUCCUUCUUUGAACACCAGUGAAGGAAGUGAGGACUCCAGGGCUGCCUGGCAUGAGCUACAGCACAGCCAUGCUGUUAACCAGCUCAAGGCUUUGUUGCAUCAACAAGCAACUAAGGAAAGUGAGUUAUCUCCAUCAAAAGGUCAAAAAAUAUACCCUUUGAAGUCAUCAAAAUAUGAAGAAACUAAUAUUCCUACUAUCCACAACCUAGUUCCUAUCAUCAAUGACCAGUCUCAGUACAUUCAUCAUUUAGAGGCAGAAGUCAAGUUCUGCAAAGAGGAACUCUCUGGAAUGAAAAAUAGGGUACAAGUUGUUGUGCUUGAAAAUGAAAGACUCCAACAAGUGCUGAAAUCUCAAAGACAAGAAGAAUCAAUGAGGGAACAAAGACUUCCAGAUAUCUCUGGAAAGAUACAGAGUUCUUGGACUGCAGCAGGUGAAGAUCACUGGGUAGAUGAAGUUUCCAAGAGACCAUUUAUGCAUGGCAAUGCUGAUAUGAUCAAAGUUGCAUCUGCUAGUGAGACUGAAAAAUGGAAACUAGAACUGGAGAGGCUAAAAGUGACUUAUGAGGAAAAGAAUGAAAUCCUGGAAUCUCAACUGAAUCUUCUGAGGAAAGACUUAGCUGAAUAUCAGAAAAAGUGUGAAGAUCUUAAAGAACAGCUAAAGCAUAAGGAGUCUCUUCUUGCUGCUAAUAUUUCUAACCGUGUUGGUGGUCUUUGCUUGAAAUGUGCUCAGCAUGAAGCUGUUCUUUCCCAAACUCAUAAUAAUGUUCACAUGCAGACCAUUGAAAGACUGACAAAGGAAAGGGAUGACUUAAUGUCUGCACUGGUUUCUGUGAGGAGCAGCUUAACAGAUGUGCAGCAAAGAGAAGCCAGUGCUUAUGAGCAGGUGAAGCAAGCUGUGCAAAUGACGGAGGAAGCCAAUUUUGAAAAAACCAAGGCUUUAAUCCAGUGUGAGCAGUUGAAGAAUGAACUUGAGAGGCAGACAGAGCGCCUUGAAAAAGAAUUUGCAUCUCAACAAGAGAAAAGAUCUGUUGAGAAAGAGAUGAUGAAGAAAGAAAUAACAAAAGAAAGGGAGGAGAUGGGAUCAAAGAUGUUGACCCUGUCUCAGAAUAUUGCCCAACUGGAGGCCCAGGUGGAAAAAGCUACAAGAGAGAAAAUUUCAGCUGUUAGUCAAUUUGAAGAAAUUCAAAACCAGCUUACUUCUCAGGAAAUGGAUGUCACAAAGGUGUGUGGGGAAAUGCGCUAUCAAUUGAAUAAAACCAAAAUGGAGAAGGAUGAGGCAGAAAAGGAGCACAGAGAGUACAGAACAAAAACUAAAAGGGAUCUUGAAAUUAAAGAACAGAGAAGGGGAAGUACUCCAGCACCACUGUACCAUCUGUGGGGCUUUGCCUGGCACUGUCAGUGGUACUCUCAUGUGAUGCUGUGCUCAUUCAUGGAAAUAGAGAAAUUGAGAUUAGAACUGAGUGAAAUCAAGCAACACUUGGAACAGGAGCAGCAGAAGGCAGCUCGGGCCAGAGAGGAGUGCCUGAAACUGACAGAACUGCUGGGCGAGUCUGAGCAUCAACUAUACCUCACCAGACUGGAAAAAGAUAGCAUUCAGCAGAGCCUUAGCAAUGAAGCAAAGGCCCAAGCCCUUCAGGCCCAGAAAAGAGAGCAGGAGCUGACACAGAAGAUACAGCAAAUGGAAGCCCAGCAUGACAAAACUGAAAAUGAACAGUUUUCACUGAUGACCUCCCAGAACACAUUUUUGACAAAGUUAAAGGAAGAGUGCUGUACACUAGCCAAGAAACUGGAACAAAUCUCUCAAAAAAGCAGAUCUGAAAUUGUUCACCUUAGUCAAGAAAAAAGAUAUACAUACGACAAAAUGGAAAAGUUACAGCGAAGAAUUGAUGAAUUGGAGGAGCAAUGUGUCCAACAUGGACGGCUACAUGAAAUAAUGAAGCAAAGGCUGAAGCAGCUGGACAAGCACAGUCAGGCCACUGCCCAACAGCUGGUGCAGCUCCUCAACAAACAGAACCAGCUUCUGCUGGAGAGACAGAGCCUGGCAGAAGAAGUGGAGCGUCUCAAGUCCCAGUUACCCAGCAUGCCACAAUCUGAUUGCUGACCUGGAUGAAACAGAGUGAAAUAAAUGAUUUACAAAGAGAUAUUUACAUUCAUCUGAUUUGCACUUAAUAUGCCACAGUGCACUGCGACCUUCCCAACGGACACCACCUCAGACUGCAGCAGGCUGCGUCGUCAUUGCCACAUUCGUUGCUGAAUGGUCCCUGCAAGCUGGACGGGCUGGAGCAGAAGUCUGAUACUAGAUGAGGAGACCUCCUGGUGUAUGUUUUCAGAAAUGGCUUGAAGUUAUGCUUGAAAAUCUGCUCAUUUGUAUGCUAUGUUACAGAUAGGAAUUUAAAUAAAUGAACUUU